UUGUGUUUUCCUUUUUAUAAUAAAAAAUUAUCCUGGCUACUAGUACUAGGUAGCUGCAAAACACUCGAAUUCUGCAGUAGUUUCUCCGGAGAAGAAGAAGAUGAAGCAACCGGCGACACCGAACACGGCGGAGGAAAGUAAAGCAGAGCAAAAGCAGAAAUCCAAAAAAUUCCCAACUCCGACGGAGCUAAUCUCUCACUACCAGAAACGAGGGCUAGAACCAGCAGAAGCUUCGGUUAAGGUCAUCGAAGACCUACAAAACGCGCUCGUCCGAGUCGUUUCGUCUUCCAGAAACCAAUCGAGUAAGGAUAAGCUUGUAACCGACGCCAGAAAAAUCGACGCCAUUACCGGGAGGCUCGCCGUCGUCGACGCAAAGCUAGAGACGAAACCUGGAUACGUUGAGACUUUCGUCUUGGGGUUAGCUUCUGGUGCUGCACUUAACGGAGUUAACGCCGUCUGGCCUCACGUCACCAGAGGCAUUGCCCAAAUUUGGUCCGCCGUUAAGAGCGGGACUGAUCCGUCAGCUGCCCCUUGAAAUGUUCGAAAGAGAUGUUCUCCAUUCUCCAAUGAUUUUGGUUUCUUUGUUCUUCUUCCGGUGUUUGUUGUAGUAGCGAAAUUUGAGUUCUCAGCCACUUCUAAUUUUUGUAUUUGUUGGAACAAAAUCAUCUCGUUAUUACAUUAUCCCA